GCUUAGGGUGCUUCCGGUUGUGUCGGUGACGACAAGGCUUGCGUCUUAUUAUAGGUUUCGACCGUUUAUGUGAACCAAACUUUUACGAGAGAGAGAGUGUGUGUGUGUGAGAAGUAAUCCUGCGAACCCCCCCCCACCCUACCGCCGUUGCCGACCGCCACCUCUUUAUUGCAAGUAAUAUAUGUGGCCGACACCUUGCUUUCUUAAAGUGAAAGGAAUAUUGAAUUCGUGGAUGACCUACGGUCGACACCACAAUGGAGUCUCCGUGGGUGCUCUCUUAUCAAAGUUCUUCUGAGCACCUUUUUCAAGCAUCAGAAACACUGACCUGGAUGAUUCAAAGAUCGAUCACAUCCGACUGUAUUACACUUGGUAAUGCAAUUACUACGGCUAACAACAUACUAAACGGAUUUGUGCGCGAGGUGCGGGAAGCCCGGUCUGAUGUGGAUGCAGUUUCGCGCGAGUUGCACUCGCUGCUAAGUGUCUUAGAACUCUUAAAGGAGGAUGCCAACCUAUUUCCUCCGGAACUAGCAGAACGGAUUCCUGCUGUCCUCGAACAUUGCGCCAGAGUGGUCGACGAAUUAGAUACAGUCAUAUCUAAUCUCAACAGCGAUGGCCUAUCGAGACAAGACAAGAGAUCCCAGUGGCUUGCCACGGGAAGGCAAGAAGUUGCGAGAUUUAGAACCGCUUUGGAAGCGCAUAAAGCUGUCAUAGGUCUAGCCCUAGAUUUGGUCGGGGCGACUACAAUUCGGGAUGCUGCCUCGGAUAUAGAGCUUAAUAGACGAAAUACGAUAGAAAGACACGAAAACAGUGCCGCUGUUGUGGAGGAUGUCUCGCGAGUGCUGGUCGAGAUGGGCCAAUUACGGAUGCGACUGACGGGAGAAUUUGAGAAGAACGAAACGGAAUUCAGCCUCUAUGAUUAUAUGACAUGUUUGAAGUCAUACGCCGAGAAGGUCAUCCAGGCCAAGGAAAGCGAGCAUCAAAAUGAGCAGAGCAUCGAAGAAGUUGACAGAACUGCGAACCAGGGAGCCUUUCUGGGCGAUCAGAAGCUGUUUGGAGCUUACGUCGGAGACAAGCCGGAUAGCGCGAUCGAUGUCAGCGUCGAGUCUGCAUCCAAAACAUACAGAGAUCCUCAAGAAAUCCCCGAAGACGAGAAGAUCCCGACCCUUGAAGAAUUGAUGGCCAGCUACGUCGGAAUUCCUAGCCGAGCACCAACUCCUCCGCCAAAGGAUCGUAAGAGACUCGAGCUCGCGCGAAGCCUUAUGGUUUCUCCGUUCGAGGCCACGCCAGAUCACAAGAGUCCGUACGGCGUCAUCACCGAGAUCGUUGCUCAAGGGCCGUCGGCGGACUCUCCGCCUUCUAUAACGAAGAGCAAAGGAUUUGGGAAAUUCUUCGCGCCCCUUAAGCAUGCAAUUUCGGAGUCCAGGCCUCAGACACGGUCGACGACUUCGACUGGAUCGACGGAUACAUAUUCCGCGACUCCCAUUAUCCAAGCCAGCCUUGUUCGAAGGGGUAGCCACAGAUUAUCAGUAUCUUUCAAGAAGCUACCAAUAUGGAACUCGGACCUGAUUAUGGAUGAGCCUGAAGACACAGCGCCCAACGCGGUCUUCGGCGUCCCACUCCAGAAGAGCAUGCAAGUUGCCAAAGGAACGGCUAAAACUCACCACACAGGUCACGGAGGAUCAUCGCGGCGAGAGUUCCCGUUAUGCAUGCAGAAGUGCUGCUUUUUCCUGAAAAACGAAGGAGUCGAAGCGCCGAAUAUCUUCGCCGAGCCGGGUGAUAGCUAUAGGAUACAGAAGUUAAAAGACUUAUUCAGCAGCGGACCGACGUACGGCGAAGAUGUUAAUUGGACUCACUAUGGCGUAUACGACGCCGCGGACCUCAUCUUGCUCUUCCUCUCGCAACUCCCGAAACCGCUGAUCUCGGAGCAUAUCGCUAAGCAGUGGGUUACACUCUCGAGACAGGCGACGCUCUCCGGAUCCCACGCCACACGACUUGACAGAUGCAUCGAUUUCUGGGAGGAAGCACUAGGCGGUCUCCGAGGUCCGAGCCGCGCUCUGUUCAAAUUACUCCUUAACUUAUGGGCGGACGUCGCAGAAGCGGAAGAGAGGAACAACAUGACGGCCGAGCGACUAGCCGGCGUUCUUAUCAAGCCCCUGAUGCAUAUCACGUCGACGAGGUACGAGACUGAUUUCAUACUGUCGCUCGCCUUUCUUAUCCGGAGACGAGUGGAGUACACCGAGUUGUUGAAGAAAGACCAAGCGGACGUCAAGAGGAUUAGCAGAGCAGCAUGGUGACGCACCAUCAACCAUUCAUUCGCCUAUCUUGAUAUAUUGGCGUUCUGAGCACAUCUAUUUAUUUUGUUACACUUUUUCACGGCCUUUCUUGAUUCCCCAUCAUGACUUUUCCUAACAGUUCGCCUACACGAUAUUGGUUAUUUCGCAUAGGAAGAUACCCGGCGCAUAUAUAUAUAGGUAGGUAGAUAUAUAUAAGGUAUAUAUUAGGUACCUCUUACAGCAGCAUUUCAAGCAGCCUCGCAAAUACACUUUUUUCAGUCUUUUAUGUUUUAUCGGAUUGAAGCAGGGCCUUCGAGAUAUCGG